AUGGGCUUCGCGCACUCGCUCGAGGUGCUGUACGCGCUGCUGCGGCUGUACACGGGCGGCGUUGCGGCAUCUCCCGCCUUGUCGGACCUGCCCUACCCGCAUCUGCAGCAGCGACUGCAGCAGACGCUGCGCGCGGUGGCGCUCACGGCCCUCGGCGCCGUCGUCCUCCCGCUGCUGCUGCUGGUUCUGCUGCCGGUGCUGUCUCCGCUGGAAUUCCCGGGAUUCACGACGUUCCUGUUGGUUGUGGGUCUUCUAUGGACCGCCACCGUCGCCCACCUGACGCUCAGGUUCGCGCUGCUGCCCACGCCGCGACGCGCGGAGGCCGAGCCGGUCGUCAGCACUCGCGGAGGACUGCAGACUGCCGUGUGCGCGCUCGUGGACGUCGUGACGCGCGUGCGUAAGCAGCCGCAGCUGCCAGUGCUGCUGCUGCUGUGUGUGCUGCACUCGUACGUGUGGAAGCUGACGCUGUACUAUGGCAUGGCGACCAGCGCCCAAGUUGCAGCGGACUUCGGGUCCUUCGCAGUCGCUGGCGGCCUCGUGACGUUCGUGUCCUUUGUGGUGAUGGAGACGAGCUUGGCCCAAGAUCCGUUCGUGCUGGACCCGCGCGCGGCCUUCGUCAGGGAGAUGCAGAGAGACGUGGUGCGCGCGGUGAGACGCGGAGUGCUGGUGUACAUCGCUGGACGCGCGCUGAGCUGGCUAGUCACGUUCCAGGUUACUACCAGUGUGCUGGAGAACCUGGCCAUUCUGAGCUCCGCCUCGGUGUUCCGUAUCCUGCUGUUCCGCGCGAGCUACCAGGUGCUGGGCGGAGCGUUUGGCGACAGCAACAACUUGUGGGACUCGCUGGCAGCCGUCAAGCCCAAGGAAGGUGAUGUUGCGAGCGCGCUUUUCGCUACGGAUGUUGCCGCCAACCCGCAGAACAGCACGCCGCUAAAUGAACAGUACCUUCAGGCCCUGCACAAGCGCAUGGACGCGGCAGUGAAGCAGAUCUCGGACAAGAAGACGCCCAAGGCUCCUGCGGACGCCGAGGAUGUGGAGACUCUGGAUAGUUUGUUCAAGUUUGAGAACCUGUCUGGCUGCAAGUUUGACGCCGCCGCACGCGAAACGCUGUUCUCGUCUCGGGAUCGAUGGAACGCGCUGUUCAGUUCGACGACCGCUGUGGUCGAUGGAUUCACGCUCAUGCUGCAGCUGCUGAACACGCUGCCCGAGAGGAAGGACUCUGCUGGAGACAACUCUUCCACGGGUGCGUUGGCUCUCGAGCAGUCCGUGGUUUCUCUCCUACGCUUCUUGAACUCGCAGCAGGACGCCCACCCGCUGCUCCUGCUUCACCAGUACCCGCACUUGGCGAACCUCCGCAUCUCCUCCGCCAGUGUGAAGUCGCCCAUUAAGUUUUUCGUCGAGUCCAAGCUGCAGUUUGCUAUCCGCCGCUUCGUGAUGGAAGAGGCUCGUCGGCGCGUGUUCCAGCGGGCGAAGAUCGUCCGCGCAGCCGAGUCUUUGCUGUGCCACCUCGUGAGUGUCUCGCGUGCGGAGGACAAGCAGGGAUAUGUUCAGCACACUGUACCCGCUGUGCUCUCAUCACUGAUGGAGUGCCGCCAUGCCUUGGAGGCGUACAUGGAAACGUGUCUGAAGGAGAGCAGUACGACUGAUGUCUACGUGCAAGAAGCGACUGCCCUAGCAAAAGGAAUCGACAGCGGUAUUUAUCGCAUCACAGAGGUAUUUCAAGGCGAAUUGUCCUUGUUCGAGUUCCCUCCGGCCGUCAAAACGGCGUUGCUUGCGUACGCGAGCUUCGAUGAUUAG